AUGUCACCAACACCGAAAGCGCCAGGAUCAUACCCCUCUCCCAGACCACCACCUGCGCGCUCAUCAUUUGACACCCUCCCUCCUCCCCCAGUUCCGCCACCCGUCCCUUACCCAGCCCGUGACCCGUCCGAAGGCUCAGAUAGCUCGGAGUCGGUCGCGGCCAGCCUCGCUCGCCUCACCACGCCCAGGAAACGUGUGGUCACGCGCACGCGUCGGCCCGUCUCGUCACCAAGGCGGCGGAGAAGAGAACCCGACGAGUGGAAAGAUGAAGAUGACGCUGACGAAGCGGGCGAACGUCCAGGCCUAGCGGCAACACUGACGUACCUCGUCGGGCCGCUCCGUCUCCUCCUGGCGCCAAUACAUGCCGUGGUCACCCCUGUGUUAUGGCAUCUGCUCAACGUCGCCAUCCUCGUCUGCCUCGUAUUCCUCGGCUUCUACCUUGUGCAGGCGUGGCUCCGCCGCACCCUCGCAGCCAGGUUCUCCUCCACCUCGUCGGUGCCAAAUGUGAUCGCCAUGUUACCCCUUGUCCGCGAACUCGCUACGCCGACGUGCUUCCUCGCCGGGGUGGGGUGUGAAUUGUCGUUGCUGGCCUCACCGAAUAUGACGGCACGCCCUUUCUGGCAGAUGGCCAGUGGCGGAAGUACGGUCGACGUCGCGGCUGUUUCGCGGGGACUGAGCCGAGAGGCGCGGCAGGCAAAGGAUAUCUUCGAGAGCCUCACGGCGCUGGGGGACGGGCGCAUGACCGCCGGCCUCGGACAUCUCCGAAUUCACGAGCUGGGUAUCGCGGUGCAGACCGGAUCCACUCUCGAAGAUCGGUUCUUCAUCGGCGCCGAGCUCAUCGAGCUCGCCGACCUCGCUUCGGACAUUACAGACGAGGUCGUGACAAUCAACGCAAUGAGCGUCAACGUCUUCUCCUGGCUCUUCUGGGAGUUUUCCAACCUCGUCUCGCUCCUCUCCCUGCCACCGGCCCAGCGGCCGAGCUCGCACCGUCUCGGGGCGCGUCUCGACUCACUCAUCAAUAGGCUCGACCACGAGCUCGACCGUCUCUACCUCUCCGUUGACGGCGCGGUCCCCCUCGCAACCAGGGGGCGGGAUAAGGGAUGGUCACUGCUACGCCAGCUGUCCGAAGUCCACUCGGGCCUCAAGGCCGAGCACGACCGUUUUCCCGGCUGGCAGAGGGCGCUGGAUGUGUCGCGCCGUUUCUUUGCCGGCGGCGAUCCAAGCAAGAUGACAAGGAUUGGUCGUGAUCUUGACUUGACGCGGGCAACGAUUAGCGGGAUCGACGAGACAAGCAAGAGUCUUGAGAGGGUACGUAUCGACCUCACCGCGUUCCGGGCGCAGGUGCGCAACUUCAAGGGAAGCGUUAUGGGGUUACAUCUCGGCGCGAGUGAGGAGAUUGGCCUCGGGCCAGAGCAGGAGAUGCUUAUCCUCACUGGGGUUGUUGACGAGCUUGGGCUGGCAGUUGGACGGGCGAAACGCAGACCGGCCAGUGAAGGCCACAUGAUUGAUGCGUAG